UGCCCCACCAUCGGCUCCCCGCGCGUAGGUCCGCGGGGAGGGGCUGCCUACCGACGGACCCACCCCCCCCCGGCAUUCCUGAAGGGCGCCCUCGGCCGCCCUCCGCACCCCUCAGAUGUACUAUGCGAUUUCCCAGGCGCGCGUGAACGCGGCCCCCGGGACCAUGCUGAGGCCACAGCGGUCCGGAGACUUGCAGCUCGGGACCUCCCUCUAUGAGCUGGUGGGCUACCGACAGCCGCCCUCCUCUUCCUCUUCCUCCUCCUCUUCCACUUCCUCCUCCUCCACGACAGCCCCCCUCCUCCCCAAGUCUGCGCGCGAGAAGCUGGAGGCGCCGGUCGAACCGCCGAGCACCGGGCCGGGGUCGGGCGCGCCCGCGGGAGGCAGCUCCCGGGCGGACGCCAAGGAGGAGCAGCAGCAGCAGCUGCGUCGCAAGAUCAACAGCCGCGAGCGGAAGCGCAUGCAGGACCUGAACCUGGCCAUGGACGCGCUGCGCGAGGUCAUCCUGCCCUACUCAGCUACUCACUGCCAGGGCGCGCCGGGCCGCAAGCUCUCCAAGAUCGCCACGCUGCUGCUCGCCCGCAACUACAUCCUGCUGCUGGGCAGCUCGCUGCAGGAGCUGCGCCGAGCGCUGGGCGAGGGCGCCGGGCCAGCUGCGCCGCGCCUGCUCCUCGCCGGCCUGCCCGUGCUCGCCGCCGCGCCCGGCUCCGUGCUGCUGGCGCCCGGCGCCGUGGGACCCCCGGACGCGCUGCGCCCUGCUAAGUACCUGUCGCUGGCGCUGGACGAGCCGCCGUGUGGCCAGUUCGGUCUCCCUGGCGGCGGCGCGGGCGGCCCCGGCCUCUGUACCUGCGCUGUGUGCAAGUUUCCACACCUGGUUCCCGCGGGUCUGGGCCUGGCCGCCGUGCAGGCGCAGUUCUCCAAGUGAGGGCCGGCCCGGGCCGGGGCGCGACCUCGGCCAGCGCCCUGCGUCCAGGAAGAGCGGGACCGAGAAAGGAGGGCAUUGCGAACCUUCUGGUCCAGAGGAAGGGACAGUCGGACGUCCCCUUCCCCGCCCCCACUCCCGGAAAGUUAAAGCGACACAAACGGAUGUUCGUUGCGGUGCGGGUCUGUGUGGGGUUCUGCGUCGAUUACAGCAGUUUUGAGCAGAAAGUGAGCGACCUCUCUCCCGGUCCCUGGAGUCGGGCGCUUUGUAGAGCUGGCGUGAAUUUUAGGGCGCCUUGCAGUGAGUGGGUUUGGCUCACCCUAGGUGUGGAGACCAGCCCCGAGCGCGACCUUCUGGGACCACAGCACGUCCACUCCCAGGCCGAGGGCUGCGCUAUAACGGCGCUGGGGUCAAUGGGUGGUUCCUUCCCUUCUCCCAGAACGGAGGCCUCCGGCGCCCUUGUUCCCACCGGCCGAGACCUGCCAAGAAGGCUGCCGGGACGACGAGGCUGAGAAAGACCAGUUAGUCGGUGCAGAUCGUCCGGGGACAUAGCAGACAGAUGGACCCUCAGCAGCUGGGGGCGCGAUGCAGUGGGUGGGGGCGAUGAAAACGUUUGGUGCGCUGUGGUGGGAAAGUCGGUCUGUUUUGGAGACCGGCUGUUUAGAGUGCUGUUUUUGAGAUUCGAGUAACCAGGCGUUUUGCGGAGAAUAUUCACGCAAAGAAAGGCAAUUUAGAACUCGAGAUUCUCCUUUUCGUCUCCCUUUCCCCAAAGGUAGCAUAACCAACAUUUGAGUUUGCUUAAAACAAAAACCAACCACCUUUCACGCCAACGGUGUUCUCCAUUUACUAAAAUAGGUAACAAGGCAUUCGCAGUCGCCCUCCAGUCAAGAUCGUUAAUUAACAUACCCUUUAAAAGGCGAGGAGGAGGACCUGGAGCCGCGAACCGCCAGAGGCUGGGUGGAUCCUGGAGCCCCGCGAACCGCCAGAGGCUCGGUGGAUCCCGCUGCGGUGGCGACCGCGGACGGCGCCAUCUGUGAUUCUUGAGCGCUCGGGUCCUUACCCAGCACACGCCCCAGGUCCUCCUAACGCUUAGCAGUUGAAGAACCAUGAAAAUGGAAGGUUCUGAUUUGUUACAGGCGUUAACAGAUUACACUACCCAAGAUUAUAUUACAGUCAGCAGCUUGCGUUUUUCUGUUUAUGGUUUUUGGUUGUUGGUAGUAGCCGAAUUUAACUGGCAUUUUAUUUUACCUCUAACUUUGUUUCCUAGCAUUGUACAGAAUCAACAAAAUAAAACAUUUAAA